GGGAGAACCCCGCGCUGCUUCCGCACACCAAUCACAGCGCGCGAUCGCUCCUAGAUUUGCAUAACCACGCCCUCUGCUCCGACACCGCCCACCACCGGCUGUAGCCGGGUCUAGGCGCAGUUUGCUCCCAGUUCCCUCCCAGUGCUCCCAGUAAGAGCGGUACUGGCAGGGAGAGCGCUCCCAGUUGCUUCUAGGUGCUGUCAGGAUCGUUACCAGUGCUCCCAGUAUCACUUCCCAGUGCCGCGCGGGGCGCAACCGCUUUGCAAUCCCCCAGGGCGGAGCGCGGCUGCUUUUGCGCGUCGGCACCGGGCCGGGCCGGGCUGGGGGAGGAGGAGCGGAAGGAAGAAGAGUAGUGGAAGGAAGAGCAGCAGCAGAACCGAGCGGCUCACUCGCUCGCCCGCUCUAGGCCGCAGCUUCCCCGACUUCCCCGGCAUCACCCCUCCCCCCGGAAGCCGCAGGUGAGCUGGGAGGGGGAGCUCGCCCCAAAUCCAUCGUGGGGAGGUCUCCUGGAGGUUUCUUUGUGGGGCAGGAGAUGUUUGGAUCUUGCAGGACCCCGAAGCUCAGACGGAAAUGCCCCGGGAGGGAUCUUGGCGGGUCCCACAUUGCGAUCGCUCGUUCUGGCGGAGAGGGGGCGAGAUCGGUUCUGGGGAUAUCCGGGAGAGCCGUGGGGGAAUACGGGAACCCCGGAGCGGGGAGAGCGCAGAGGGGCGAUCCCGGAGCCGGGGGACCCCCGGCAGCCUGGAGGGGUGUGGGAGGUUGGUGAUAAGCGGCCCCAGGCUCUCUGAGGCUGAAAGGGGCACUGGCUUGUCCAGCUGAACUUGGCCCGCAGGAACAUAAACCCAACGCGCUCAACCCUUCUUUUCCCCCAAAAAUGGAUUUCCCAUUCCUAAACCUUGGCCCGAUGGAGGAGGAGGAGGCCGUGAGGAAGAAGAACAUGCCCCCGGAGCCCCAGGCAGACAAGGAGCUGAGGAUGGAGACCAGGGAGGACAAAUCCCUGCAGCAGAACCUUGUGGAAGAGGCUGUUUGGAGCAGCUCCAUUGCACAGGAAACCAGCGAGGAGGAAAAGCCCGGGAGAUCCCACAUGAGGAUGGGCUGCAAACACAGUUCUUGGGUAUCCGAGGAGGAGAACCAGGGCCAAAGAACCGGACAGAGCUGCAGCCAGAGCUCAGAGCUGGGGUUCCAUGAGCAUCUUCAUGAUGCGGAUAAGCCCCACAAGUGUUCAAAUUGUGGGAAGAGCUUCAGCAAGAGAUCCUCCCUGAUCUGGCACUGGAGAAUCCACAUGGGGGAACGGCCCUAUGAGUGUGGGGAGUGUGGAAAGAGCUUCAGUACGAGAUUCAAACUGAUCCGCCACCAGAUGAUCCACACUGGGGAGAGGCCCUAUGAAUGUGACAUACGCAGGAAGAGGUUUCAGACCAGCUCCAAUCUCGUCAUGCAUCAGCGGAUUCACACAGAAGAGAGGCCCUUCCGCUGCCCUGACUGUGGGAAGGGCUUCAAAUACAACUCCCGCCUUGUCUCCCACAGGCGCAUCCACACUGGGGAGAUGCCCUAUGAGUGUGGGCAGUGUGGGAAGUGCUUCAGGACAAGCUCUGAACUGAUUGUCCACCAAAGGAUCCACACAGGGGAACAGCCCUAUGAGUGUGAUAAAUGCAGCAAGAGGUUUCUGACCAGCUCCAGUCUCCUCCUGCACCAGCGCAUUCACAUAGAGGAGAGGCCCUUCUGCUGCCCCGACUACGGGAAGGGCUUCAGGCACAACUCCAACCUCGUCACCCACCGGCGCAUCCACACUGGGGAGAGGCCCUAUGAGUGUUCUGAGUGUGGGAAGAGCUUUUCACAGAGCUCUCACCUGACCAAACACCAAUGGAGGCACCACUAAGGGAAGCCCUGCAAAUCAAGUGCAGGAAGAGCUUCAUGUGCUGCUCCAGCUCCAUUCUCCAUGGCAGGAUCUGUGCUGGAUGAUGCCGAGUGACCCCUGGUGGGCAGAGCCCCGGUGAUCCAUGUUAGGAAGACACCUGGCUGGGCGGCUCUUCAUCCUCCUGGCUUCCCUUGAGCACCUGGACAUAUCCACAGAUCAACAUCAGAAAUCCAUUGUGAAGAGCACGUUUGUCGACUUCUGACCCGAGAAAAAUCUCACUCUUUGCAUCUUCUGGUGGCAUCAAGCAACACUGAAUGGCCUUGGAGGUCUUCUCCAAUAGAAAUCCAUCAUUUUAAUCCUUUCUGGCUCAUGGGCAUCUUCCACAGCCAAAUGGGAACAUACUGGGGCAAACCCCACAAUUUUGGAGAUGGUGGGGUGGAAACCCCUUCAAAAAGGGUUCUUCCCACCCAGCCAAGCAUGUGGAUGCUUUGCCAGCAGGGACACAUAAAUUCUUUUGUUUUGGCCUUGAAACAAAAAGGUUUCUGUUCAUUCCUUUGAAAGCCCUGUAACUGGGGUGUCCUGGUUUGAAGGACAGGUGUUUGCCAAGGAAAGCAGAAGCUUCCCCUUGGACUGAAAGAAAAUAUGAUUCUUCCGAUUAUUAUAAUUUCGGAAUUAAGAGAGCUCUCAGGCAAAGAUAUGGGGGUAGGAAUAACAGUUCUUUACUAGUAUAUUUAACAAGACAAACAAGAACAACAACAGCUAUGAAAUUACCCACAAACAGAACAGUAACUCAGUCCCAGUGUUUUUUGGCUGCAGGCACCUUUUCCCUGAGCUGCAGUUCCCGGUGCUGGGGGCGGGCGGCU